AAGUGAGGGUUUUUGAUGUCCCAUAAGGCGUUAAGGUUGCAUUUCGUCCAGGUUUCUUGUUCAAACAUCACCCCGGAGGGCGGGUGUUACUCAGCCACACGGGGCCGUGGGUGCCUGCAGCCCGGUGAGGGGGGGCUGGGUCAAUGCUGCAAAGCAGGCUGGAGAGGAGAAAGAAGAAGCCGUCCUGACGGCGACACCUGCAAACAGUCAAACAGCCGCCCGGGAGAGAAGCAGAGAAGCGACGCCGGAACAGCCCGACGGGGAAGUAAAAGCGGCUUUCUGGAUGUCUGGACUGUAAACAGAAGCUGCUGGAGUUUAUUCAAGCCGGCAGGGGCACGACGGCAGGUAUCGAGUGGAUGAGAAGAACAUGGAGCUGAAUAGAAAAGAGGCGCCUUUAUAUGGACAGGUGGAGGCUCAGAUAAUAUUACAAGCAAGAGCUCCUGUGGACGCAGAGUUUUACGUGGUGACAAAAGGCUCCAGACUUACACAUGUAACCCCUGCAACAGCAUGCGAAGACGGGCGGACUCUCCGCUUCACUGUUCCAGGUCAUGACCUCGUGGAAGCUGUGUCAGUCACACCCUACAUUUGCACAAAGGAUCAAGUUAAUCCAUGUCAGGGUCAGACGACCCUUCAAUAUGUCAGGGAUCUUGCCCAGGAAACAGCUGAGUACUUAAGUGCAAACAUUAAGCAGCUUGACCUUCAGAACUACAGCGAUAUCCUGAAGAGGUUUCCUGCUUUGGGACUGGCCGUGGAUGAGGAAGUCUGUGAUGGACUGUCAGACUGCAGACGAAGUUCAGGCAGUGAGGCCGAUGUGACCCAGCUGGAUGAGGGGAUCACACAAGCCCUGGCUAACAUGGAUUACCCUUGGCAGUGGGAAGGCAAAGACAGUCAGCCCGGAGAAGAUUCUGAACAUCGUUCCAGAAAGAGUCUCCUACAACUUGCAGUGCGUCUGGGUUUAGUCCGUCUUACCCGUUUUCUAAUUCACCAACCGACAGGUCGGAGGGCUCUGGCUUUACGGGGUCAGAGGGAAGAAACACCUGUCCACUGGCCUCACGACACUCUUACGAUGCUGUCAAGUUCUUCAGGAUCUGCUGACGCCUUCUUUCCUGGUCUUUGGUGCUUGUGGUCCGACAGCUCCAGAAUGCUAAGGGUUUGUCCUAGGAGGGACUCUGUCGUCCUCACAGUGCAGCAGGUGGUUGACGGCGACCCUCAGGACGGCGUUCUGCUCCUUCGUAAAAGCCUUAAAGACCCCAGUGUCCACAAGCUGAUCAAAUUUCUCAGAGCUGGUGCUCCAGAGGAGAGGACGAGCAUAGACGAUGUUCAUCUGAGCGAUGAAGGCAGGGAGGUCCAUGUGGAGGAGGAUGUGCUGGUGGAUAAUGUUUUUGAGGAACAGCUGGUUUUGUCGCUGGAUGAAGAUGAGGAAUACUUGUCCUCAUUAUCAGUAAAUGGUCACCCUCUGCCGUCCAGUGAAGAUCAGCGGCAGUUCAGCCAGACUGUUAACAACACCGGGCUCCUCAUGAACAGCCAAAGCAGUCUGCAGACUCAGCUCCAGAAGAGUGAUGUUGAGGUCAGAGUUCGAGGUGUGACGUGCAGCAGCACGGGGACGGACGACUCUUUAUGGGACUCGGAAGACAUUCUUCUUGCAACCGACACACCUCCACCCCAUUUGGAGGACUUUCACCCCACCUGUGCACCGCGGCUGUCCCCCCUCCACAGACUAAGGAACUGUCCUGCCUCCUGCGAGCAGACGGGAGAAAGUCUGCUGGUGGAAACCUGCGACCUCAGUCUGGUGGCUCUGGAAGUUAACAGUGAAGAAGAAAACGAGCCAAACUCUCCACUGUCCAUCCUUGAGAAACCCAGUUUGAAAGAUUUAAGGGACGAAGGAUGUCGGUUGCGCUCCUACUCCUCCUCCAAAAUCAGUUUCCGUCCUCGGUUUUCUAAGGAGCACCCUGCAUCCGACAUCAGCUCCGAUGCUGCGCUCCACAGUGUCGGCCACAGCCGAUCUCUCCUUCAGGCCCUCUCUCUGUCUAAAUCCACCCUGUCUCUGUCUCUGCUCCACCAUGGGAAGCAACGAGCCUCCAUCAUAUCGGAUCAGUCGCACGAGAAAAGGGAGAUUAGGUUCCGUAAGCGCGCCCAGUCUGCUGACGAUGAGGGCAGCAUGGAGCUCGCAGAGUCGCUUCAGCAUCUCACCCUGUCUGAGUUUCUCAAAGAAAUUGAAGAAGAGGAGUCUGAUAAAUACAACAUUCCAGCCAAGACUGAAUCGGAGAAGUACAAAGUCAUUCGUACCUUCAGUUUUCUCAAGAGCAGAAUGUCCAGUACGCGCAACAAGAGCAAGGGGAAAGGAAAGGACCGAGAGGCCAAGGACAAGCAGCUGAAUGGACAUCGCUUUGCGACAGGCUCCUGUUUAGGAGCCCCGCAGUGCGUGGUUUGUGACAAACCGGCUUCUGGAAAAGACCUCCUGCAUUGUCCAGAUUGCACUGCCAUUGUCCAUAAGGCCUGCAAGGAGUCUGUCCCCCCGUGUUUGAAGAAACCUCAGGACAAAUAUGCCGUUUCCACGGUGAAGAACAGGACAGCAUCCCUUCCACAGAACUUCACAGUCAGGGACAGUCCUCAGUUUUCUGCCAUCCCCAUCUCCUCUUCUCUGCCGGUCAUGACCCCAAAGGAGAGGAGAGAUGCGUUGACCCAGUCAUACUCUCCUUCUGGAAGCUUACCCAACAGUGACAGUUUACUCAGCGAGAGCUCAGAAACUGAAUUGGAGGUCCAGAAGCUGAACGGCCAAUCAGAAGAGUUUGUGCCAACCCCGUUGUCAUCCACUUCCACCGACUCCUGCUUUGCUGAAGACUGUUUGGACUCAUUCGCACACAGCUACAGUGACGUCUUGACGGAUUCUGUGGACUUUGAGGCGGAGUCGUGGAGUCUGACAGUGGAGCACAAGUUUAGCAAGAAGCAGGACAAACGUGAUGCCAAGAGGCAGGAUGUCAUCUAUGAGCUGAUGCAGACGGAGUUCCAUCACCUGCAGACUCUGCACAUCAUGGGUGAGGUUUUCCGACGAGGCAUGAAGGAGGACGUGCAGCUGGAUGCUGACACAGUGGAGCGGGUCUUCCCCUGUCUGGACCAGCUGCUCGCCCUUCACCACGCAUUCUUCGGUGCCCUGAAGGAACGAAGACACAACUCGGCCGUCCCGCAAGAACACAAGAACUACCUGAUCCACCAAAUCGGCGACAUUUUGCUACAACAGUUUUCAGGUGAGAGCGGAGAUAAAAUGAAGCACGUGUACGGCGAAUUCUGCAGUCGUCAUAAUGAAGCCGUCAGUUUCUUUAAGGAGCUCCAGCAGCACAAUAAGAGAUUUCAGAGCUUUAUUAAGCAACAAGGAAGUAACUCUUUGGUGAGACGGAGGGAGAUCCCAGAGUGCAUCUUGUUGGUAACUCAAAGGAUUACAAAGUACCCAGUACUGCUGGAGAGGAUCCUGCAGUAUACUCAAGAGGAGACAGAGGAGCACAGCGACCUGUCGAAAGCUCUGGCUCAGAUUCGAGAGGUGAUAGCAGCCGUGGACCAGAGGGUCAGCGAAUACGAGCGCCACCAGAGGUUACAGGAAGUGUGGAACCGCAUCGACAGCCGCAGCAUGGCCAAGCUGAAGGACGGAUGCACUGUCCGCAAGCAGGACAUGAUGAGACCGGAGCAAAUUCUGAAACACCAGGGCCUGCUUCUGUGGAAGACUGCAACUGGGCGCCUUAAGGAUGUUCAGGCGGUUCUUCUCACGGACCGGCUCAUCUUCCUGCAAGAAAAGGACCAGAAGUAUAUAUUUGCCACAGUGGACCAGAAGCCCCCCGUCAUCGCUUUGCAGAAGUUGAUAGUUCGGGAAGUUGCCAACGAAGAAAGAGGCAUGUUUUUGAUCAGUGCCUCGUCUUCAGGUCCAGAAAUGUACGAGGUCCACACUUCCUCCAAAGAUGAACGAAACACUUGGAUGAGGCUCAUCAGAGAGGCCGUGGAAAGCUGUCCAGAGGAAGAAGAGGAGUGGGCAUCUGAAUCAGAAGAAGAGAAGAAAGCUGCUAAAGCUCGUUUGCAGAAGAUUCAUAGACUGAAAGAGAGCUUGAUGAUCCAGGACCAGCAGGUCUGCUCCUGCCUGGAGGAGAAGCUGCAGAUCUACACAGAGCUCUCCUCUCUAAAUGGGUGGACGGGAGCUGCUCAGGUGGAGGCGCGACUGCAGGUCCAGCCGCAGUCCGAGGAGCUGCCACAGGCUGCAGGGCUGCUGGCUGAAGCGCUGCAAGCGGCUAAGAAGCUGAAGGCCACAUUGUCCUCUGACGCCUGUUCUCCAUCAGAGUCCAACCAGGACUCAGACACUGACUGUCCGCUCCCUGACACCCCCACAGAGCCCACGUCAGACUUCUCUGAGGACUCGCCGGAUAACCCAGAGGCUGGCGAAGGCAACUGGAUGGACGCUUUGGUACUGCAGACCUCACCUGAGCUGAAAAACAGCAAUCUGGGUACCAUUGACUCCAUGGUGGCUGAAAGUGUCCAAAACCUGACUCGGCUGUUGUACAGUCUGCAGGCCGCCGUGGCCAUCCAGGACACCUGCUACGAGGUCCAGAGGCUCCUCCUGGAGGAGAGUGGGCGCCCCUCGCCCCGGGCCCAGCGGGUGCACCUUUCCAGUCCCUGGGCAAACACCUUACAGGAGCAGGAAAAGCAGCGCAACUUGGAGAAGCAGAGGGAGGAAGUAGCCGCGGCCCAGCGGCUCCGUGACAAACUGCGCCAGGACAAGGAGCGCUGGGAGCGAGAAUGUCAGGCUAAAGAAAGCCAGCAGGGGGAGCAGGAGAGCAGACUGCAGGAGAGGGAAAGGCAGUGCCAGCUGACUGCAGAGAAGCUCAAGCAGGAGAAGAAAGAGCUGGAUGGACAACUGGAAGAGUACCAGCAGAGCCUGGAGCGGCUGCGCGAGGGCCAGAGGAGCGUGGAGCGGGAACGCGAGCGUCUGGACAGCCAGCAGAGGCUGCUCCAGACCUGGAAGCACGGGCGUCAGAGCAGCCUGCCUGCUGUCAUACCUCACAUGAUCAUCCCCCUGGAUGGGCAGCAGACUUCACCACCGAGUCAGUCCAGAGGGCAGGCCGGUAACGGCUCUGUGUUCGUGAACGAGGCCGUACUCACCAGCACCAACAACCGCCACCAUAAGAGAAAUGGCCCCAGCACGCACAACUGUCUCAACACCCUGCUGGCCAGAACCAACGAUAGACGUUCUGCGAUGGUUCCACCUCCUCACAGCCAAAACUCAGACUCCCAGGACUGGACGGUGGGAACCGGGUACCUCUGCAGCCCUGCAGAAACCUUUGGACUUCAGCACUCAAGCACAGAUCCCAGCUUCAACUGUGAGACCUGGACGUCAGCAGCAAGCGGAGCCAACCCAUAUCCAGUGUUCCCGCACCCCAGUGACCCUCAGCUGGACCUUAGCACGCUGGUUUCCUUGGAGACUGACAGUGAUGGGGAGGAGAGCAGGGAGGAAACCAUUGUGUACCUCUGAGUUUGGACAGAGUUCAUGCUCCUAAAGAGCCAGCACUGCAGCUGUGGGAAAGAUAUGACAUCCAUGAGGCAUAUAUUUAAUGCUGUAAAGUAUUUUGUACUGAAAUGUAUCUGCCUAUUUUGUCCCUUUCUUUUUUUGUAAUAUAUAUAUAUAUAUAUAUAUUUGGCCAAAAGAAGAUAAAGAUUGUGUUUCAUGUGUCUUGCACCUUAAAAGAAGGCACCACUUGGGUGUUCAGUGUCACUUUUUUCUAUUGCGCUCUGCUUAGGGUUUCUUUUUUCAUCCUUUUGUCUCCCACCACCAUAACCUUUCCCCUUCUCUUCCCAUCUGACUUACUUCUUUACCCGUACUGCUUUUUCUUUCCUAGCCACACACAUUUCGUCCCUUGGGCUGUGUAUUUAUUUUAUUUGCAGCUGGGGAAGAAUAAAGAUACCGCAGCCCAUAUCAGUGAAAUACCAGGCUGUAUCUCUCCAGCGUCCGAUUGUCCUGCUGUCUGCCGAGCUCUCAGCAGAAUAUUUGAACAGAAAAAUAAGGCCCACCAGCUAAAGUCCCACUUUCUUUGGUUUGUUGCGUAUGCCAUAAUUUAUAUUUUAUAUAUUUUUUUAAUUUUCUGUAAUAAGGAUUUCAUUUACUGCUGAAAUGUGUGCAAAAAUUUAAAAGAAAAGUUGCUGCUGAAUUUAUGUGCUCAUUUAAUCAACUAUAAAAAUCAAGACAAGUUAUCUUUGGAGCAUUAAGAGGCUCAACAAUUGAUUUUAGGUACCCAGAUCAUAAAAAAAAAGAUCUCAGAUAUUUUACCAAGUCUACAUCUAUUAUUAAACACACCCUCUUAUUUGUUUACAGUUGAUUGUAGAAAAAAAUCUGGUGAUUAAUUAUGAAACAACUUUAUGCAGUGGAGCAUUGGUUUGAUCCACAUGUAAUCGGUUCAUUAGCCAAAAAUUUGGGCAUUUAGGAUAAUGGUCAUCUGUCAUUUUCCUUAAUAUACUCAUUUGUCUAGCAAGCCUCCUAGUGGUCUGAAAACAGAGUAAAGAACGAAAACUUAAGUCUCUCAAAUUUGGCCCCCAUGUGUCCAUCAAAUCGCUAAUGACGGACCCCAAUAGAUGCUGAACCUUUUAGUCUAAUUUGGAACAAUUAUGGAGUUAAAGAGUUACAACAAAGAAGUACAUGUUUCUAUUUAACCGGAUGCGGUUAAAUAGAAGUUAAGUUGACUAAGAAAACAGUUAGCUGCUAGCUAACUCAGUGCUUUAACAGCUAUUAAGCAACAAAAAAAACACACUAAGAUAAAAAAAAUCAUUUUUAGACCAUGAUUCACAAAUCGUUGUCUAAGGUCAAAGCUCUUUUUCAAACUUUUUUUUUUGUCUGCUCCGGAUUCACAUCGAUUUGAAUAAUGAAAUACUCAGAAGUUUUAAAUUUCAUUUUCCUAAUAUAUGUCCCUUAUCAGAAAAAUCCCACAAGAACGUGUUUAAAACAGAAAAACCGGAUUUUCACUAUAGGGGGGCCUUAAAAUAAUUCUUCAAGUGCCUAAAGCAACAGUAAUUAACCCAUUUUGUUGAAUUCAACCCCGAACUUUAUGCGUAAUGUAGCAUGUUUGAAUUCUGUCUCUUGUUUUCCUUUAAACACAUCUGUGCCAGUGCUUAAGAUUUGUCCCAGCAUCUUUUUCAUAUGUUAACAGAUAUGAAGUGGUCGAAACUUUGUUAGAUUUUUCUACCACUACUAAAAGGGCAGUGGCAUAUUUUGAUGUACCAUGUACAUAUAUUUGGACUUUUAUUUAUUCAUUAAAAACAAAAAGUGAUGUUCUGUGUUUUGCAGAGAUGUUCUCCUGUUGUGAACCAUGUUUACUUACAGUGAACCUGUGUAUUCAAUAAUCAGACAUGGCUGUGCUGACAGGUAAAGUUGAUUUUGUGAAGAAUUUUAUUACAAUAAAUUGGAAAACAAAAUGCUGAAACGUAAACACAGAA